GUGUUCAUCACGGAGGUGACAUAAACAGCCGCUGUUGGGAUGCGGCGUCCACUCACAUGAUGGAUCCGUUCUGCGCAUUCUCAGGCUGUGCCGCUCCGCUCCGUAUCCCCAAUGGCAAUCAACAUUUGAUUCAAAGGACUUCAGAUUUGACUUUCGCUCCGAACACUACUGUAACAUACACGUGCAGGACCGGGUACCAACUAGUUGGCAAAGCUGAAGUCAGCUGUAAACCGGUUCCCGGUUCGAGCCCACAGGCGUACAACUGGACAGCGCUUCCGGAAUGCAAGCUACGUGAGCAGACACUCACGGUCCGCAAUUACAGGGACUAUUUCUUACGGGCGGAAAAGAUAACAUGGGAUUACCUCCCAUUGAAUAGCAGCACUUCUGGGUUUGGUGAUGAGCAUAUCAAAAAGACUCUUGAAACCAAGGCCAACAGAAUCGGAAGUAAGUACAGUAAAUUUGUGUUCCGGCUCUAUACUGACGGAAACUACACGCAAGAAAUAAAGUCGCCAGCUUCCCAGGGAUAUGUCGGCCCGCUCCUGAGAGGGGAAGUAGGAGAGGUUAUCCGUGUCCGCUUCCGGAAUGACAUACAUAUUCCGGUGUCCGUCCAUCCGCACGGUGUCAGAUACACGAAGGUUAAUGAAGGUGCUUUGUACGCCGACGGAACUAACGCGACGUCAAAAGUUGACGACGGCGUUUCACCUGGAUCCGAGUACACUUACGUGUGGGAGCUGACGUCAGAUUUCGCUCCACGUGAUGAUGAUCCGAGUUGUAUGCCUUUUGCCUACCACUCGCACGUGGACCCGGAUAAGGAAAUCAAUUCCGGGCUGGUUGGAUUGCUUGUCGUCUGCAAACAAGGAAUGUUGAGUGCGGCGGGUUCGAGGAAUGACGUCGACAGCGAGCACGUGUUGUAUUUUGACUCCAUCCUGGAGGGGAACUCGUGGCUGGUGGCGGAGAACCUCAAGCGCUGCGUUGAUCCGGAUGAGUGCAAGCGCCUGUAUGAGUCGGGGGAUGAAAAGUUUAAAAUGAGUUUAAUGAAGGAUUCCAUAAAUGGUUACAUGUUCGGCAAUCUGCCUAACCUGACGGUGUGUGCGGGAGAGCGGGUGGCGUGGUAUAUCUUCUCACUCAGUGCCGAGCUACACACCUUCAACAUUGAUGGACAGACCUUCAUCUCCAACAAACACAGGUCCUCCACAAUAGGUAUCUGGCCGGGCACGUUUAGAGAGGCUGUGAUGGUCGCCGACAGCCCGGGGACUUGGCUAGUGCAGUGUAUAAACUACGAACAUUGGCACAACGGCAUGGAAGUUCUCCUUACCGUGAAGGAUUGUGGGAAAGUUUCCCCACAACAGCUGAGCGGCCGUGUCCGUCGCUAUUUCCUAUCCGCUGAGGUGGAGGACUGGAACUACGCCCCAACAGGCCGGAAUGUUUACAUGGACCAGGAAUUAACAAUACCUAACACGGAGUCAGAAAAGUAUUUUGCCAAGACUUACAAUGGAAAACCUAUGAUCGGCGGCACAUACCGGAAGUCACGCUUUAAUGAGUACACAUCAACCGCAUUCAACACCCAUGCGUCCAAGUCCACCCAUGAGCGCCACCUGGGGCUACUGGGGCCGGUGAUCCGGGCGGAAGUAGGGGACACGGUGAACGUGACGCUCAGGAAUCUGACGCCAUAUCCGGUCUCCAUCGCGUUUCAGGGCGUCAGUGUCAGCAUGUCGAUGAACGGCUUCUACAGACGCGUAAAUUCCGGGGGUUUGGGUUUUUACACGUUCACGGUCCCGUGGGGUGUGGGGCCGGGGGACGACGACCCUCCCUGUCUUACGUACAUUUACUACUCCGACGUCAAUAUGGAGAGGGACGUCAACUCGGGGCUCGUGGGUCCAAUGCUGAUUUGCAAACCGGGAGCCCUUGACGUUAACACCGGCAAACAGAGGUUCAUAGAUCGUGAGAUGUUCCUGUAUUUCGCGAGUAUUGACGAGAACCUGUCCUGGUACAUCGACCAUAACGUCGCCACGUACGUUAACGGCUCCGUGGACAGGAAUGGCGCAGAUUUUGUUGCGUCCAACGUCAUGAGCGCUAUAAAUGGUUUCUCAUACGGUAACCUGGAAGGACUCAGUUUAUGUCGGUACGAGAACGUCGUCUGGCACGUGCUCAGCUUCGGGUCGACGGAAAGCCUGCACGUGGUGACGUUCAAUGGAAACAACGUCGUCAUUGACGGCAGGUCAAGGGACUCCCACGUCAUCAUAUCCGGUCAGGCGUUCAACGCUUUCAUGAAGCCGGACAAUGAUGGAACUUGGUCGCUCCAUUGCCACAAUUCUGUGGAAUAUAACGCAGGAAUGACAGCCCUCUAUCACGUAGAAGCGUGUGGUUCUCCUAACCCUCCUCCUUUCCUCGAGCGCACGGGCAGAACGCGCCGGUAUUUUAUAGCGGCUGUCGAGCGGAAAUGGAACUACUGUCCAAACACAUCACAUCCCCUGGACGGCAUGGACAUUGCAGAUCCUGGCCAUAAUAUGCACAUACUGGUCCAGAAGGACGGUCAAUUUGUCGGCAGUAUCUACACAAAGGCCUUCUACCGGGAAUUUACAGAUGAAACGUUCGCAUCUGAGAAACAGAGAACUGCAGACGAAGUUCAUCUCGGCAUCCAAGGUCCAAUGAUCAAAGCAGAAGUCGGAGAUGUUGUUGAGGUGGUUUUCAAAAACAUGGCUUCCAGGCCUUAUUCUAUACAUGCUCAAGGUUUACGAUACAAUAGUUCGUAUGAGGGAAUGGCUUACGCGGACGGACAGCCGGUUACUUCCGGUGACGGUGUAACGCCGGGAGCGACGUUCACAUACCGAUGGGAGGUCCCUUUUACUGCCGCCCCCUCCGGAAACGGUCCCAACUGUGUUAACUUCCUGUAUUACUCCGCGGUGAAUUUAGAUAAGGACAUUUUUUCGGGGCUGGCCGGGACGAUUGUAGUUUGUCGGAAAGGAAUCCUAAAUGAUGACGGUUCUCGAUCUGACUCUAUUGAAAAAGAAUUUUCAUUGCUUUUUGUUGGAUACUAUGAAACACAUAGCUGGUAUCUGAGUCAAAACAUUCAAGAAAAUUGUCCAGGGGCAGACACGACAACAAAGGAAUUUCUGAAAAGUAAUAUUUACGCAAGUGUGAAUGGAUACAUUUUUAACAAUGUAAAGGGUUUAACCAUGCAAUCUGGUGACAAUGUAGCUUGGUACAUAUCCGCUCUCGGUAAAGAAGGUGAUACCCAUACGGUUCAUUUUCACGGGCAAACUUACAUCUACCGCACCGAUCAGACGCACGAAGGUGACGUCAUAGAAGUGUUUCCGGGCACGUACGAGACGGUUGAAAUGUACGCGAGUAACCCGGGCACGUGGCUUAUACACUGUCAUGUAGGGUUACACAUGGUCGACGGCAUGAUAGCCACAUACACUGUUGAAUAACUCUUAUCAACUAAAACACUGUUCAGUCGAACUAUUUUCCGUGUUUAACUAUGGGUCGCUUGUAGCAAUUUUGGUUCAUGUAAUUAACAUACGUGUUUGAAAUGAGGUCAUAUAGUGAGGUAACAUUCACAAGUGUUAUACAAAAGAUGUUUUGUUUCUUCUUUCAUUUCAUUGCAAGAAAUAAAUA